CACAGAAACCUCAUCACACAGAUAUCAUAGAAGUACCAGUCUGCAUGCUACCAGAAGGGGCACUUCCUCUUCCAUAGAAAAGGAACCAGCCACGUACUGCGGCCCUGCUUUCAACAAUGUGGGAACCCUGCAGUUGAAGUGUGUCAGGCGAUGUGACGUGAUUAAGAGCCUGGACUGCUGUCCUCAGAAGGGGUGCAGUCAUCAAACCGCCGGCAUCUAUGAAACAGGCGCCUAUGAUGUGUGAGCUUGUAAGCUGGUGACUGUAAAUCACUCAAGAUUAUGGUAUCUGAAUAGCAAACAGAGAAAAAAAUACCACGUUCUCGAGAAAGUGAUACAGAAGAGUGCUCGUGGGGAUUCUGUCACCGUGGAUCCCACUCCCCCCACAUUCAUGGAAGCAGAGGAGCUGUGCAGUGAUCAGUGUAAAGAAUCCCCCCGGGAAGGGGACCCACUUGGACGAGGGGAAAGGUCAGCAGGAGCUGGUCCGCAGACGAUGGAGGAGGAGGUUCUCUAUGACAACGUGCCCUAUGAGGACAUUUCUCCUGCGGAAGAUGACAUCUAUGAGGACAUGGAGAGGGAUGAGGACGUGCGGGGGCGGGGCAAUGGAUGGAGCUCCAGUGAGUUUGAGAGCUACGAUGAGCACUCUGAUGGCGAGUGCAAAGCACCGGCUCGCAGUAAGGUCCAUCAGCUGAUGAAAGCGGCCAGGAACGGAACCAAGGACAGCCUGGAGAAGACCAAGAUAGCAGUCAUGCGGAAGGUCCCCUUCCUCCACAGGAAGGACAACUCAGACCAGGCUGAGGAUGACGCCGGAUACCUGGAUGUGAUGCUGUCGGAAGUGAAGCACCCCCCACCGGAGUUGGGUCCCAUGCCGGAGGGGUUGAGCAGCCAGCAGGUUCUCCGACGCCACAUCCUCGGCUCCAUCAUACAGAGCGAGAGAAACUACUUAGAGUCUCUCAAAAGGAUUCUUCAGGAGUACCAGAAGCCACUUCUGGAGAUGGAGUCCCGCAUCCUGAGCCUCAGGAAGAUCCAAUCCAUCUUCUACCGGGUGCGGGAGAUCCUGCAGUGUCACUCCAUGUUCCAGAUCGCGCUGGCCUCGCGGGUGGCUGAGUGGGACGUCAGCGAGAAGAUUGGGGACCUUUUUGUGGCGUCGUUCUCCAAGUCGAUGGUACUAGACGUCUACAGUGAUUAUGUCAACAAUUUCACCAACGCCAUGGCGCUUAUUAAGAAAGCCUGCAUGUCCAAACCGGCCUUCCUGGAAUUUCUGAAGAAGAAGCAGGCCUCUAGUGCUGACCGCAUCACCCUGUAUGGCCUGAUGGUGAAACCCAUCCAACGAUUUCCGCAGUUCAUCCUCCUGCUGCAGGACAUGCUGAAGAACACUCCGGGAGGCCACCUGGACCGGUUGCCCCUGCAACUUGCCCUCACAGAGCUGGAGACUUUGGCCGAGAAGCUCAACGAACAGAAGCGCGUGGCCGACCAGGUGGCUGAGAUUCAACAGCUAGCCCGCAGCGUCAGCGACCGUGGCCUAGGCAAGCUCCUUAGCUCAGAGCAGAGCCAGCUGGUCCUGUGCGAGACACUGACGGAGAGCGUGUACGGGGAACGCGGACAGGUCCUGAAGUCCAAGGAGCGCAAGCUCUUCCUCCUUAACGACACUCUCGUAUGCGCCAACGUCAACAUCAAGGGGCCCCCUGACCUCAGCAGCCUGGUUCCCGUUGGGCCAAAGUACACCAUCAAGUGGAGCGCCCCUUUGCUCCAGGUCCAGGUGGUGGAGGUGGGCCAGGAGAACUCUCAGGAGACUCUUUUCCAGCACUCCGGUUUCCGGCGGCCCAACAACAGUACAAUCGCAGGUAAAAUGGUUCUGGGCCCCCCACGUCUUUACCAGGAACUUCAGGAGUUGCAGCAUGACCUGUCUGUAGUGGAAGAGGUCACACUUCUGGUGGGGACGCUGCAGGGAACUUAUCAGAACCUGAACACCACGGUGGCGCAGGACUGGUGCCUGGCUCUGCAACGGCUCAUCCGCAUCAAGGAGGACCAGAUCCAGAAUGCCAAUAAGUGCCGCCUUCGUCUACUGCUUCCUGGGAGGCCUGACAAGUCAGGACGUCCUGUAAGCUUCAUGGUGGUCUUCAACACACCCAGCCCCCUGAGCAAGAUCUCCUGGGUGAACCGCCUGCAUCUGGCCAAGAUGGCUCAGCGGCAGGAGAACACACCUGGUUGGCUGAGUGCUGAUGAUGAUGGGAAGACAAAGGCCCCAUUUUGGUGUCCACUAUUUGCUUGUCACAUGCCGGUUUUUGCAAUCAAAGCCCAGGAUCGGAAGCUGGAAGCGGGACUGCACAAUCCAGUCCAGAGUGCUCUCCUGGGAUUCUCCACAGCCAGCACUUCUCUUCCUCAGGGGUACCUCUGGGUGGCCAGUGGGGGAGAUGCCAGUCAGGGUCAAAUUGAGAUCUUCUCGUUGCAUAAAUCCACACCCUAUGCAGUCAGAGCCUUCCAGGUUGGUUCCCCAGCGCUGUGCCUGGAGUAUGUACCAGAGCAGAGCUUGGCUGAGGAUGCAGAACAGGGGCUCCACCAGAGCCCCAUCGGGUUGGGCAGCACCAUUUGUGUUGGCUGUCAUGAUGGAAGGAUCCUUGUUUUUAGUGGUGUUGACACUACAGCCCAGUGCCUCCUGACCUUCACUAACCCUCAUGGGUGUCCCGUGCUCUGUCUAAAACAUUCGUCCCGCUUCCUCUUUGCUGGCCUAAGGGACGGGACGGUGUUGAUGUUCACUCGUAAAAAUGGAGAGCUGUGGGACCCGGAGCCCUGCACACGGGUCAAAGUGGGGUCUAAGCCUGUGCAAGCCUUACUGGUACUAGAGGACUCUGUCUGGGCCAGCUGUGGGAACUGGGUAGCCGUCAUCGAGGGAUCCAACUUAGACACUCAGAGGUUUGAAGCCCACCAGGACCCCCUGGUGAGCAUCUCUCACAUGGUGCGGUCAGGUGGUGGAGUGUGGAUGGCCUACUCUGAGGGCUCUUCUAUCCGUUUGUUUCACACGGAGACGCUGGAGCUCCUGCAGGAGAUCAAUGUGUCGACACGCCCAGCCUUCCUCAGCUCUGGUCAGCAGACCAUUCGUGUCACCAGCCUCAUCAUCUGUCAAGGGCUGCUGUGGGUGGGCACUGCCCAGGGCAUCAUAAUCACCCUGCCUGUGCCCAAGCUGGAGGGCAUUCCCAAAGUAACAGGGAAGGGGAUGAUCUCUUUAAACGCACACUGCGGCCCUGUUGACUUCUUGGUAGCCGCCUCAAGCGCCCUCGCACCAGAGUUGCUGAAGCGGGACUCUUUUGAGGAUGUGGACUUGCAAGAUGGGGGGGUUGACCAGGCUGAGCCAAUGAGCCAGGAACACAAGACGCUGGCUGAUGUCUCCCGACGAAGCGUCCUGUUACGCUACCGGCUGCACUCCACUGCAGGGCUGCCAGGCAGGCUGCUGACAGCAAAGCCAGACUCCACCUCCGCUGACCUUGUUGGUGCCACUGACUCACCUGAGCAUGGUCUCGAGGAUGGUACCAUCUACGGUUUGAGUGACGACCCUGAGGUGUGGGUGCGGGGUCGCACUUCCAGUAGAGACAAUGCUCGGAAAGAUAGGGUGGUCUCAGCUGCUGUUAUCUCUGGUGGCCGUGGGUUCCACCGGCUGGAUGAGGGGUCCUUGGGAGGUGACAGCAGUGCAGCAGAAUGCACUCUCAUGGUCUGGCAGCUCCCUCUGACAGUUUGACUGAUCACAGAGGCAGGUGCUUUCCCAAGAAAGGGAAAGCAUGAAGAAUGUGAGGUGAGGCGAGGCAAAGAGGCCGAGAUACAAGCUUUGUCUCAGCACUUGUGGUUUCUGCCUCAAGGCCUCCCUCCAGUGCACUGAUGUGAUGGAUCUCUCCUGCUGAUCAGGCCAGGGUGGUGAUGAUGGCGCUGUCACGGCCUAGUUUGGUGUAUACCACCAACUUGGCAUGUAACAUGUCCCCAAAUGACUGGACGUCUAGCAGUAGACACAUCCUGCACUAAGUGUGCUUCUCUAGAAUUGCCCUAACAGGAGAGAUUAGCUGAAUUUGCCCUUUCUACAUGCUGAAAGACAACUUGUAUCUGUUUAAAACAAAUUUCAUUACAGGUGAGCUUUUUCAUGUGGGAAAAUUCAACUGAGCCAAUGAACCUUUUUCUUUGAAAGUUUUCCCUGUGUCAGUGACAUCUGAUGUUUUUGCGAGCAAAUUUCUGUUUUUCACUCCUUACAGUAUUGGUGGUGUCCAUACUGUGGUCACCUGCUUCAUAGAUACUUUUCACUCAUCUGAAAGAAUAGCUGGGUUGUCUUUGACAGUGUCUGCUUUAAGUACAACCAAACUUUCCUGUGAACCUAUAAUGCACUUUAUCUUAGCAGUGCAUCAUUGUUAUUGGGAAUGGAAUGCUUAAAUUUACAUUUCCUCUUGCUGAGCUCACUAGAGGUAGAUUUAAAAAUGAAUGGUGUGGGAGCUUAGUCUCAAGACCGGAGUCUACAUCACAUUAUGUGACACGUAUGGACAAUGCUGAAAAACCCAUUCUUUUUGGAAAUACAGAACAUGAAAUAUCCAUCCAUCCAUCCAUCCAUCCAUCCAUCCAUCCACCCAUCCAUCUCAUGAUCUGCAGCCUAUCCAGGGAAGUGAGACAGUACAUCCUAGAUGGGAAGCUAGUCCAAUGUGAGGUACAAUCAUACACAAUUGCUCACACACAAGGGCCCAUUCUAAAUAACCGCUUUCCUGAACAGCAUGUCUUCCACCUAUUGACAGGAAAGAACAGCACCUGGAAAAACUCCAGGGAAAUAUGAGAUCAUUCUAAAAGUAAUAUCUGUAAUAUUAAUGGUAUAAAUAAAACAUUUGAAAGCCGUUGCAUAGAGGAGACGCUGUCCUGGCAAUGGGUCAGCUGUGUCAGCCAUGUUGCUGCUUUUUUUGCCUGCUUUGCAAGCUCUCCGGAGCCGCCAGCUGUAUCCUCCGAGAAGCUUCUUCAAGCGGUUAAACUGCUUGGGAGAGGGAAAGGGGAGUAAUUACCAGGAGAAUGGCCCAUAUCACCCUCAGGUCAUAGGUCUUGUGCACAUGUUCACCUGAGCAUGGGUGGGGUGUGUAUGGUCUGAGCAAUCGAUCCCCGUUGUGCAGGAAAGGAAACGACUAAGCUGUGAAAGCUCUCAAAAUGCAAUGGACAGUGACACUUGCAAGAGAAAAAAGUGACGUGAAAGGGAAUUUUUAUUGCGCUCAGUUGCUUUCUUUGGAUGCUGUCCAUGACCAUCUGCGGAUGCUGUGAACACUGCUUCAGGGCCAUUGUAUUGUACACGGGUCUCCAGUCCCUGCACUAACCAGCCCUGGGUAAUUUAGCGUAGCAUAUAAAACCAAUUGGAUUAAGGCUAUCCGGGACCACAGUUGGAGACCCCAGGUUGUUGUAGUUACUGUUCUAUUGUUUAAUUACUUUUUUGCUAAUGAGCUUAACAUAGGCUUGUGGGAAAUGAGUACAGCAGGUCAGUUUUCCUCCACGGUCCCUCAGGUACCUGCCCACCUGUAAACCUCAGUUAACAUUACUUAUUCCACUCAUUCUCAAGAAUAUUUACUUCAGUUCCAUGCUGAACCUUCUAAAAUUAUACAGAUAAAAAAAUAAAAUUUCUUCGCAGAAGGAGCUUUGCAACAGAGGUUAAUAUUAAUGGAAUGUAACUCUCUGACUUACGCAGAAUAAAGGAACAGGGUUGGAGGGGAAUUACUGUUUCUUAAGUGUAAGAUCCCAACUUAAAAUAUGUCUGCUUAGUCAAUAUUAAUUCCUUGCAAUGGUAUAAUCUAGCAGAACAGCACAUGAAAGUGUAAAACUGGCCUGUUGAAGAAAGGUAGAGACUUCACUAUAAAUCUUUCACAGUCUUUCACAAUCCAUCCUGUUCCAUGCAAUUUAAAAGAGUACAUUAAUAUGUUUAACCUUCUUAUUCAAACAAUUCACUCAGUUAGGGAAGCGGGUCCAAGUCAACUUUUAAAGUGAUAUAUCAGUACUGUCAGUAAUAUACAAUAAUGAAAUGGAGUUCCUCUGCACCUGUUUAAUGUUGUUUUUUUAUUCACCUACCUCAUGCUGUUAUUUAGGGUGAGAUUAAUGAUUAGAAAUGCAGUCCUGUUUGAACAACAUUGGCAGUAUUCGUAAUUACUGCAUGCGGAUACGUUUACAUUACAUUAAUUCAUUUUGCCGAUACCUUUCUUCAAAAGGGACAUGGAAUGAUUAUUAACCUAUGUUUACUGGACACCUUAAUCCAAAGGGACUUACAAUGCUAGAUACAGUACACUAAAUUCCAGACAAAAAUUCAAUCAUUUAUUUCACCAGAGCAACGUGACGUAGUCACACAUAAACACACCAUGGACAAUUUAGAUCCCCCAGUUCGACUGAAAAAAUGUUUCAAGACUGUGGGAGGAAACCAGAGCAAGGUACGGGAAGAAGCCCGUGAGACGCACAGUGAGAACAUGCAAACUUGUUUCUAGAUUCAGAUGGAUUUGAAUCCAUGUCUAAAUGCACAGCCCAGGGACUGUGAGGCUCCUGUACUACCUGCUGUGUUGCUGUACUUACAGUUAAGUGGUAUAAAGUCUUUAAUCUCAAAUGUGAAAGAAUUUUUCUUCACUUCAUGUCUUCAUAGGGGCAGUGGGAAUGGGUGUGUGGGUGUGGUAAAAAAUGAGCAAGCGCCGUCAUCCCGCAGAUGCUGACAUUCUGAGCCAUUUGCUGCUCGGUAAGCCAGAACCAAGAUUUUGAAUUUGGGUUUGGACUACGACUGACAGCCCCACAUAUUCUCACUUUCUGGAAUCUGGAAUUGGAAGCACUCGUAAACUAUGGAUUUAAUAAAAGUAACAGAUUGCAAUAAGUUCUGGAAUAUUCGGUUCUUGCAGCCUUGUGACAACAUUCGCCAAAAAAUGCAAAUUUUAAGAAUGUAGAAUUUUUUCUAAAAACUGACAUAUAGUAUGAACUAGCAUCAAAACUAUGCUUAAUGUAACAAAACUGAAUAUAAAAUGCAAAAAAAUCAACACAAUACAAUUUUUGUUGCAUUGUGUAAUCCAUACAUUUUGUGAAAUCAAUCCCAUCCCACCAUUAUAUCCUGUAUAUAGACUACAGCAUUUAUGAGACUAUCUUUUACCAUGAACAGACAGUGCAGUAAAAGUAAAAAACAUAAUAUAAACGUAAUCAUGGGGUUCACAGUAAGCUGUAGUAUAAUUAACAGUGGAUAUCCAUGGAUACUAUGUUUCUGCCAAGUAACUGACUUGUCAUAACCUCUUAGCAAGCUAUGUGUGCAUCUCCCAGUAUGUCUGGUAGGUUUGUAACCAUGCAACAGACCAAAAAAUAUUCUUAUAGCAUUAAAAAAGAGUUGACCUUUACAGGCUUUUCACAAGAACAAUAAAUUGUUUUACAUGUGUAACCACAGAAUGGAUGAUGGGACAUAAAGAAUGCAUUGACAUUCCUUUGGGUGACAUUUGAGAAGGUACAUGUUGUUAGCAUGUGUACUCUGUGUACAUUUGUGUCUUUUAUAACAUUGUCCAGUCACAUCACUAUUGUACAAUGCAAAAACUACAGAUAAAUAGUUUUUUAUUGAAUUUGAAUGUCUUUGAGUUUGCUACUUCUGCACACCCAUUAACUAGUAACUGCUGGAACAGAUUCACAAUAUUACUUUGACUGAUAUAAAAAAAAGCUAAGACACCAGGAGAAGUGUUGAAUGUAAGCCUGUAUAGCAAAUUAAAUCUCCCUGUCCAUUAGUAUAA